UCCAUUAGGUCGGCAAGGUUGAUUCUUGAAAGUUGAAAAUUUUAAACUGAUAAUUACAGAAAAGUGUCGGCAAAUAUCAAUUCAAAGUGUGUGGAAUCCUCUGCUGCCGAUUGGCCAUAGCGUGUGCGAAAGCUAACUCGUGUAUCGCCGAACGAAAACUACCGGAAAGAGUUGACGCGUAGGAUAGCAAAAUGCCGGGUUCCGGAACAUUCAAAUUGUUCAUCGGCAACGUCGACGAAAAGACGCAACCCUCCGAUUUGCGGCCGCUCUUUGAAAAGUACGGAACCGUAGUCGAGUGCGAUGUGGUGAAAAAUUACGGUUUCGUGCACAUGGAAAACGAGGAUCAGGGCCGAGAUGCGAUUCAGAAUCUGGACGGGUACGUGGUCAACGGUAAAGCGAUCAAGGUGGAAGCGGCCAGGAAUCGUCGCGCGCCGAAUACAAACACGACAAAGAUUUUUGUAGGCAAUUUGACCGACGUUACACGCGCUCCGCAAGUUCGCGAACUGUUUCAAAAGUACGGUACCGUCGUCGAGUGUGAUAUCGUGCGCAACUACGGGUUUGUCCAUCUGGAUCCGACCGGCGAUGUUAACGAAGCGAUCCGUGAACUCAACGGUAUGAUGGUGGACGGUCAACCGAUGAAGGUACAGGUGUCCACCAGCCGGGUUCGGCCAAAACCUGGCAUGGGUGAUCCGGAGCAGUGCUACCGGUGUGGCCGCUCUGGUCACUGGUCCAAGGAGUGUCCGCGCCUGCUCUGGUCCGAAAGUAGAUUCCGCGAUCGACCGAUGUACGCCAGGGAUCCGUAUCCACCGCCGCCGCCGCCACCGUUCCUUCGCGAUCGCAUUAUGGAUGGAUUUAGGGACACCUUUGACUAUUACGACCGUUACGAUGACCCGAGAGAUCUGUUCGAACGGCGGUAUGGAAUCCGCGGCCGUGACUUUCCCCCCCUGAGAAGUCGCGAACCAAUGCCACCGAUUCCACCGUUGAUGCGUCGCAGUGCGGUAGAAAGUAGCCGCAGCAGCAACUACGACUCUAUUUUCAGUCGUCGCACACCGCCGCCAACCAGUCGUAAUGGAAGCAGCAUCAGUCGCUUCGGAGUGUAUGAGGACUUUAGCCGGGAUUCGUUUGACGACCGACGACAAGGUUUGCGAGGACCUUCGCCCACUCACCGGUACGCUCCGUACUGAGACGAGCUGCAUCCUAUCGGAGGCAACAGCAGCGGCGGUAAUGGGCAAAUGUAUCGGCCCAAUAGCUUCUAUUAUGAGACACGCUGAAAAGGAAAUCGUGUUGAGGUUUGAUGUGCGGCACAGGUUCUUUAACAGUAUCAAUAUAUUGAUGAAGCAGGUACCUACGCAGCUAAUCUACUAUUUGUAGUUUUAACUUCUUUUUCCUAUUAUUAUUAUUAUUUGUAAACCUCUUUUACAUUGACCACAUGAAUAAAUACAGCGGAUAGAAUAUGGCAAUAUUAUGAUUUAAAAUAAACCCCAAAUUGAUACUACAUUCAACAUGUGUUGCACGAACGUUAACUGCAAAAAAUGUUCAUUUAGGUUUUAAUCCGUCGCAAAACAAAAAAGAGUUUUAAGAAUCGCGUGUUACUGGUAGUCAUAAACAGCAGCAUUUUCUCUUGAUUUACCUUAAAAAAAGUUAACUAGAUACUUCACAGGACUAUUCGUAGAACGCAAACUAAUGGAAAUGGUAUUCCAUGAUGAUUAUCCUAUAUAUUUGUCGAUUGAUAAGCAUUAAUAAAUAUCGUCACUAAU